CAACAGCGGAGUGCACGUCCAGGUCUGCAAUUAGAGAAUCAGCGUCCUCAAAAAAGCAAAAUCUCACUAACAGACUCUCCAUCUGAGGCUAACAGUCAUUGGAGCUUUGUGCUACACAACAAGACACGUCAACACCAUAGCAGAUUGAACUCAGUCUCACAAGGAAGUACAGAUGAAAGAGUGAAAGGGGAAAAACCAAAAAACAACUUCACAGGUUACUGCAGGCACCUCAAGAUAUCAUGGCACAGACCACAAUGUCAGAAGAAGGCACAGUGCCGAGAGCAGUAAAAAAAGACAGAUGGCUGAACAUUGCUAUUGUUUCACUUGCCGGUGGUCUGCUCUUGGCUGUUGGAGCAGCUUUUUCAGUCCUACUUACCUGGAGUAAAGGUAAAUGCUGUCCUGACAUGUGGGUGCAGUACGAAAAGGACUGUUACUACCUUUCAACCAAUCAAACCACAUGGAGUUUGAGUGAGGACGACUGCAUCUCCCGGGGAGCAGGUCUUGUCAUAGCUACGCACCCAGAAGAGCUGAAUUUUCUGCUUCUCCAGUGCAGAUCUUUUGUGGCAUUCUGGAUCGGACUGAGGAGAAAUCCUGGGCAGGAAUGGAUGUGGACUGACAAUCAGCCCUUCACUCUUGGCAGGGUGAAUAAAAGUGUUCCUGAUGGAGAUUGUGCCAUGUUGGAAAAAAACUGGAUACACAGUCACAACUGCAGCCGCUUGAAACACUGGAUCUGUAAAAUGGCAGCUGACUGAAUUAAGAAAAGAAUCAAUCAGUCAGUCAUGACAUCUUAUUGUUCCUCUUCUUGAUUUACCACUUCAGAAGUAGCAGCCAUUAACUUUUGAUCCAUGGGAAACAAAAUCACUUCCAGUGAAGUGAGCCUCACUGCUUCACACAAGUGUUUAAUAAACCGUGAGCCAAGCAACGAAAGGUCUGUGUGGGCACAUCGAGGUGUUUGCUGUUCAUACACUUUGUCAGCCAGCACAACUGGGAGAUGUUGUUUAUUACAUCUGUAAAUUAUUUUAAAUAAAGUUUUAUUGAUGUAUGAUUACUGCCAGAAUGAGUCCCAGGUUAUCAACCAUCCAUUCACCUGGAAUAGAAUAAAAUGUUUGAGAAAAUGGACGUGGGCUCAUAUUGUAUUGUAAGAACAUGAGGAUGGCACUGUAUGCAUUCUUGGAAAGCUGUAUGAAAAUAUUGGAUAAAAACUCGUAAAUUUCAGUUUCAUCAAUAUGAUAUUAUGGACUACGCUAACUUAUUAUGUUACGUCACAGAAGAAAAGGAGAAGAAGUGCGACUUCAAUGAUAUGAAAAUGAGAAAAUACCAUUUGGAAGCUUCCGAGUCUUGAUUGGAUUGUUCCUAAGUGUGGCCUGAUCUUCAGUGAAAUAAUAACAAAUAAAGACUAAUUACACAAUUAGCACACACCAUUAUAACUUCAUUAAACACAAAGUUUAUGUCCUCUGCUCUGAGCACUUGUACACAGAGCAGAGUUACACAAUAUUUAAGAUAAAA